AACUUCAUUUUGAAUAUAUUUAGUUUAAUACAGUCAUCAUUCUUGGACUUCCAUUAUGCACAAGCCCAAAAUGUAAAAUCUAAUCUAAAAAGGUCUCAAACACAAACAUAAUAAAAUUAGCAUUUUAUCACAAUGUAAUUCUGUAAACACCUUGAAACAGAAAUCAAAAAAAUGUUCUGAUACUGAUUUUAUUCUCUGUCAAAUGUUAAUAAUUAAUACACAAAACAGAGACGAAAUAAGUCUGAACAUGUUAACAAUAAAGUAGCCAAGAAAGAAUCAAAUCUAUAUUGUCUAUUUAGGAUGCACACACUUCUCCUGUGACAGACAGGAAGGAAGUAUGUGCAAAAGGUAAGAAGGGCUGCACAACACCCCGCAGUAAACACAGCGUCUCACCGCUGCAGCUCCAAAAUGUCUGUGUUCUUUCAUCCAAGUGAGUCUGAUAUCAACAUUGAACUUGGUGAGUAUCAGAAAUUUCCCAAACCUGGACCUGACAAUGGUGCCACAGAGAGGACUCCAAAAUCAAAGUUAAGACAUGUCAGUGUGGUCCUGCUGAGCUUUGGCCUGCUGUGUGUCCUUCAAGGGAUUCUCAAUAUCUCUCUGAGAGUUUCCCCAAGUGAGCCCACUGAUGAAGGUGAGACAGAGGAACAGAGCUGUGCACAGGGCUGGGUGACAUAUGGCUGCAGUUGUUACUACAUCUCCUCACAGAGGAGGAGCUGGGACUACAGCCGGCAGGACUGUGUGCACAGAGGUGCUCACCUGGUCAUCAUCAAUAGCAGAUACGAACAGUUCUUUCUCGCCGGACUCACCAUGGCAGCUUGGGUUGGGAUGACUGACAGGGAGAUGGAAGGAACUUGGAUCUGGGUGGAUGGAACACCAGUGAACAAACACAGCUUGCAGUGGGCCCUUGGGCAGCCUGAUGGAGCAUUUGGAGGAGAAGACUGUGGUGACCUUCGCACGAUGACGAAUUUCACUGGCUUGAACGACUUCAACUGUAACGCCAGAAACCAGUGGAUCUGUGAGCAAAGAUUAUGCUAGUUUCACUUGUGUGAAUAUGUUUUGUGUUCCUUCACCUUCCCUUGCUCUAACUAGUCUCACUUGUGUUUGCGCUUGAUGUAAAAAUAAAACAUUGUCAGGACAGAAUGCCUGGCAGGAAUGCUCUGUUGAGCAUCAUUCUUUUUGUUGAUUUGUACAAAGAUUUUUAAAAAAAUCUCUAUAAAAAAUAUAUAUAUAUUAGCAUAACCUCAAGCAUAUGAAGCCCCUGCAAGGUCACAGUGGGAAAUAUUUCUCUGAACUUCAUCUGCCUUCCCUUGUUGUAUGAUGAACUUUUUUUAUUUAUUUGUGAGCUAACGCACAGAAUUUAUGCUGGCUAAUGUUUUGACAGGGAUCAUGAUUUAUCUUUAUCAUCGUCUUUAAAAAAAAAUACAAUUGACAGUUAUAUGUAAGUCUCAUAUUACAUUGACAUAAUAUAAAAUACACUGACACACAUAUAUAAUACACAAUGAUAUUAACUGAUUCAUUCAUACUGUAUAAUCAUAAUCAUAAUAUUUAUGCUAUGCUACUCACAGAUCUUUGAUUUUUUCUUUCUUUAUCAUGACAUCUCUAAAUAAAUGGCUUUAAUUGUCUCAGGGAGACACAUUUUGGAUAUAUUUAAUGUUUGACUCGAUGCUCAGUGCUUGUUCCUUCUAUAACACCUGAGUGAUUAAAAUAGACCUAUAAACCUCUUUUAAACCACGUCAGAAACCAAGAUGAGCUGAGUUCGCAAGAUGGAGUCUUGUUUAAGUGAGGAAUGGUCCCUUCAGACCCUGUCACAAAGAGAGAUUUCAUCAUGAAAACCAUAUCAGGAUUUGUCAC